AUGCGCGCGGCUGUGGCUGCGUCGGCGGCGUUGGCGGCGUUGGAGGCGGUGGCCGCCGCCACCGUCGCUGCCGUCGCCUUCGUCGCCAUCGCUGCUGCUUCGUCGCUGCUGCCACGUCGACGCUUCUCGCCGCAGCCGCCCGGCGUUGCUGCGAAAAUACAGCAGCGUACCAUAGCUGUGCAGUACUCAUCUCUGUUCAUGAUCAUUAAACCCCAUAACUGUUGA